ACCAAAUAGAAGGCUGCGCUCCAGAUAAAUAUUGGAAUAAAAGCAGCCCAUUUAUUUUCCAUAUGACAAAAUGUCGGUGGCAUUUUCAUCUUCGCGCCCCAGGAGUAAAGGGGAGGUGACACAGCAGACGAUUCAAAAGAUGCUGGAUGAAAAUCAUCAUUUAAUACAGUGUAUAAUGGACUACCAAAGCAAAGGCAAAACAGCUGAAUGCACACAAUAUCAGCAGAUUCUGCACAGAAACCUUGUUUACUUGGCUACAAUAGCAGAUUCUAAUCAGAACAUGCAGUCCUUAUUACCUGCGCCUCCCACUUCCAACAUGACAAUGGGUCCUGGAGGGAUUGGUCCAAGUGGGGCUCAUAUUCCAAACAACCUCAAUGAUAACAUGGCACCAGGACUACCCCCCUCAUCAAUGAUGCAGAGCCAAUUAAGUAACGGCCCCAGCCAUGCCCCCAUGCAUCAGCAGUCCAGUCAGGUGCAGGCAGUUAAUCCCCCCAGCAACUAUGGUGGCUCUGCUUCAGCCUCUGGCUACAGCCACGCUGCACCCUCCUCCCAGGGCAGCAUGAUCCAGGGUGCUGGGCCUGGAUAUGGCUCUUCCUCCUCAUCCUCUUCUUCUGCCAGGAACCUCAACAUACAGUCCAACCAAGUUUCCAUGAUGCACCAACAGUCAACUACUCCACACUACUCCUCAGCCCAGGCUGGGGGCCAACACUAUCAGGGACAGCAGGCCAUGGGCAUGAUGGGUCCAGGCAGUCAAGGAAACACUAUGAUGUCUCAGAGGUCAAUGGGAUCCUACCGCUCUUCACAGCAAGGAUCUGCACAGCAGUACAUGGGACAAGAUGAGUUCUACGGAGAGCAGUAUGGACACACUCAGACCUCCAGUGACCCCAUAAACCAACAGUAUUACCCUGAUGGUCAAGGAGAGUACUCAUAUCAACCAUCUUCGUAUGGAGAGCAAAGUUAUGAGAGGUCCUUUGAUGAAUCUUCACAGCACUACUAUGAAGGAGGUAACUCUCAGUACAGUCAACAGCAGGCCCAGUAUCAGCAGGGGUCUGGCCAGCAGCAGCCCUUCAGCCAGCAGCAGUACUCAUCUCAGCCGGGCUACAGUGGGCAGCCACAGGGAUAUGGACCUGGUCAGGGUGGAUCCUCUCAGUAUUCUCAAUAUCAGCAGGGUCAAAGCCAACAGUAUGGCUCAUACCGCUCAACCCAAGGAGCAUCCGGAGCACAAACACAGAGACCAUACCCCUAUGAGCAGGGUCAGUAUGGAAAUUAUCAGCAGUGAGGCACCACAUUAUUUUCCUAUGAGCUGAAAACGAGAAAAGAAUUGUCAGCAGUGAUUUACUGGGCUCAGCUGUGGAUUACAAGAGCUGGCUAUGUCAUCUUAUUAUCCUCAUGUUAGACAUUAUUCUAGUUAACCAUAAAUCACCAAGUAAAAAGUCAUGCUUUGCUAAUCUGUUUUACUAACUGUACCGUCACAGCUUGUGAAGGAGGAGUGGCCAUCUGGGUAAUUCUUCGGUAACGGAAUUACAAUCAGAGCAAAUUUUUAAUGAUAAGAUUAAAUGUGGUCAGAUUUUUCUGUCAUUGCCGUUACUGUAGACUUGCUGGUAUUACAAAAACAUCAGGGUGCAAGUAGUGUCAAGAUAAUUUCAUUGGAGGAAAAUGGGGAACUGCUACAGGGAAUGGCACACUCACUAGUUAGGCAGUUCAGUAACUAUUUCGACAAGAUUUUAGUCAUUUUGCCUCUUGACGCCACCACAACUGAGUUGAAUUGAAACAAUCAA